GUAGAGGACAGUUCAGCUCCGUCGGAUAUUGGCUCACAGUCGGGAGAUGUCGUGUUCGAAAAGGAAAUUCGGGAAGCAAUGACCGGGGGAGGGGGAGCGGGAACGAGGGCCACAAACCACGGCAAGCGGAAGGCGAGCGCCGGCGGCAGCGUCGUAGGGAAGAACAAAGCAGCAGCAUCCCAUCACGCGAGUGCCAAAAAAGCCCUGGGCAGGGAUUACCCGCACUGGGCCACACACUUUCUGAAGAGGACAUGCGCGCACCGCAAGAUCCCGAGGAUGUCGCAGAAGAGCAAGGGUUUCCUGGUGGCGGCCCUGCGAUCUCUCGACGCCAACAUGAAACGGCCAUCUCCGUACUUCGACGACCUCGAUGCUAUCGUAGCCGGCAAAUCUGGACGCGGCAGCGAGCAGGAGGAGGGGGAGGAGG